CACUACACCUACUGAUGUGCUGCCAAGCCAUGGGUCGCUUACUGGCGACGUGCCGUCCGUACGUCUCGUGGGAAACGAGGGGUUGGGAUCGUCUGUAGUGUCGGUGAUCCUCCUGUGGAAGGUGCUCCCUCCCCCCUGUCCCCAACACCUGCACGCUUACUUACCGCGGCGGAGGCGCGUUUGCUGCGGAGGCUCCCUGGCGGACCAGGGCUCCAUGUGGAGCUGAAGGGGCGCGCCAGCGGUCGGCUCCGUACGGACCGAGUCCUACCCUGGACUCUGAGAAGCAGCUGCCCGUGGUGUCCGUGUCUGGGCGACCCCUUCCCCACCAUGAGUAUUCAGCCCCGGAGAAUCCGUCUGAAGCCCUGGCUGCUGGCCCAGGUCAACAGCGGCCGCUACCCGGGCCUGCAGUGGCUCAGCUCAGACCACCGCCUCUUCCAGAUACCCUGGAGACACGCCACUCGCCACCUGCCCAUGUCCGAGGAGGAGAACACCAUCUUCAAGGCCUGGGCUCUGGAGACCGGGAAGUAUCAGGAGGGUGUGGAUGAGCCCGACCCUGCCAAAUGGAAAGCCAACCUGCGCUGCGCCCUCAACAAGAGCCGCGAGUUCAGACUUAAAUACGACGGCACCAAGGAGACCCCCGUCCAGCCGUACAAAAUCUACGAGGUGUGUGACCAGCCUGGCAACGGAGAUACUUUUGAAGAAGAUGAGGAGGAGAUGCCGAAUCUCAGGGGUCUCACAAUUAACCCCAGAAUCAGUGACACAACCUCGUUCCCCACCUUCCCCACACAUUCGGACACAAUCCACUUCCCCUCAGCGGCCAAUGGCACAUCAUUUGGACCGGCCCACCUCAUCCAGAUGCCUCUGCUGCAGGACGGCAUGCACGGUGACCCUGGCAGAGGCCUUCCCAUGACGGCUGAACUCCCCCGGCCAGACUUCGCCUCCCAGGUUCGGCUGAUGGAUAUGGAGCAAGGGAGCUUCGUGCACCCCGGUGGCCUCCCUAACAGCCUCGGUGUACCACCUCCUGUCCUGCCAGAGAUGCCCUCCAUGCCACCGUCAGCUGCAUCUGCACCCUCUGGACCGGCCCCAAUGGACUCCAGCCACAUGUUGGGGGUCCAGACACAGGGUGAGGUGCAGGCCCAGCCUGAUCUGCUCAACAGCCUGCCUUUGACCGAUCUGGACCUGAAAUUCCAGUACCGCGGUCGCACGGUUGGCUCCCUGACCGUCAGUAACCCACAGGGCUGCCGGCUCUACUACGGCCACCUUGAGCCCACCCCAGAGCAGGUGGAGCUGUUUGGGCCGGUCACCCUCCAACAGGUCCUGUUCCCAGUAACUGCUGACAUCCAGAACCAGAAGCAGAAGUUCUACACUGAUGCCCUGUUGGACGUAAUGGACCGGGGCUUGAUCCUGGAGAUCUGGGAACAGGACAUAUAUGCAAUCCGCCUGUGUCAGUGCAAGGUGUACUGGACUGGACCACAAAUUCCUGAAGAGGGCCCACCCAAUCCCAUGGAGCGGGAGAAGAAGAUCAAAGUAUUUAGUCUCAAUGACUUCUUACAAGGGCUGAUCCUGUUCCAUAAAGGUGAAGCCCCUAAUCCUCCUCCCUUUGAGAUCUGCUUCUGCUUUGGCGAGGACUGGCCAGACAAGAAACCCAAGGAAAAGAAACUCAUCAUUGUCCAGGUCGUCCCCGUUGUGGCACGCAUUCUGACAGAGAUGUUCUCGGGGGAGCUCAGCUGGUCCACAGAUAGCAUUCGACUGCAGAUCUCUAACCCCGACGUGAAGGACCAGACAGUGGAGCAGUUCAAGGAGCUGCAGAGGCUACUUCAGAGCCAGCAGGCCCAUGGUUCCUGGGCUCCGAAUGUGCCCUGAACCAGAGGGCCAAAAGACUGGGGAAGAGUGCUUUUUGUCACCUCAGUUUCAGAGGAAACUCCUAAAAGGUAUAGCUGUGCCACAGAGAGUGGGUCCCUAAGGCCCAUCAGUUGCAGGUGUUGGUCAAUACUCAUUCCCCAACUGGAGUGAAACUGGCACCAACACUGGAAGUAAAUAACCGUAAUGUGCAGUAUUACGUUAACCUGAGGUGUAAGAUCGCCUGCACACCGACAACCAUAUUUUAAUGUGUCUCUUAGCUAAUUUCAUUAGCAAUUAUGUAACCCCUCAGAAAUAUAUUUUAAGGAUUUCAAUAAAUGCCACUGCAGUAUUCUCUGAUCAGGAGUAGGCAUUGUCACUUUUCCCUCACAGGCAAGUUCUGAGUUGUCAAAUUUUCUAUGGCGGCUUUUUCAUCCGAUGGUGAGAUGCUUCUGUGCUUCAUUACCUGAUCUGUACAAGCUCAUUAUCUAAAGUGGGCAGAGCUUUUAUGUGCAAUUUUGCCACAGGACUGAUACUUUCAAAUCCGUGAAAUGUCAAAAGUAUGUUGUUUUCUCAUAAAUGCAUAUGGGAAGAAACAAUUAGGUCACAUUUUUCCCUGUAACUACUGAGUCAUCUGAGAAAGUGACCCAUGUCUAGACAGAGGGACACCAACGAAAAGAAACGAGUAUCCACAAAAUCAGCAACAACAGCAGUCUUUUCUAAUUCAGCACUUCUGCUCUGUUCUCAGGUGCGUGAACAUCGUCAGCCGUCACACUUCUGCCCGCGGUGGCUCAGCUUUACAUAUCAGAUUACAUCAGCAAUUCUAAUGGUAAUUCCAACACGGAAACCCUUGAGGUGCUACUACACAAACCAGUCUGACCCGAACGC